AUGACCAGAGUAUAUCAUGCGCGUCCGCAACAGGCGCCGCAGCGCAGCGGUACGCUUGAUCAGUCGCGAGCCGCUGUCAAGAAGAAGAAGCCCUACAAGAUCCUCCUAGAGGCGGUAACACAAGAGAAGAAAAAGCUACAUUCCAUUCUAACAUACGCGUCGAACGCCCCAAUCGGCUUUGGUUUCAUCCCAGCCGGACACCCAGAAUUCACCGAAUGGUGCAAAGAGCAGUGUCGACAACGCAACCUUGAUGUGCACGUUGUCUCUGCCAAGCCGAAGAACAAAACCCACUCCGACCCCGAGAAGCUAUCCCAUCAUGUCCACCGAGUCGGACAUCACUUUCCUAUUCACAUCAUCGAACUUGCAUGCAGCAAAUUCGGAUACAUAUAUGACGAGAGACGCGGUUUGCGGAAAGACAAAGAGGGCGAAAGGACCAACUGGAUUGCCCAAGAGUUUGAAGACUACUCUUCGCGGCAAGUACAGCAUGGUCAUCCUGCCACUGAAAAGGAAACCAAGGGUUACAUUCAUGGCGCUGUUCGAGAGAUGUUUCCCAAGAUCCCAGAGGCAGAUCUACAAGCCAUCGUUUCUCAUGCCUUCGAGGAAGGGACAAAUCGGGUAGGUAAUGCCAAGGAACUUUCGUUGGCUCGUAGAGUGCAACUCGCUGUUGUCGCACAUAUCCGCCACACAUAUACAGACUACGAUAAACUGCUCAAGACCGACGGCUGGUCGGAAGCCCGCAGCCAGGUCGAGAAGGUCUCUCUUGCAAAACUCAAGGAGUGGCGAGAUGAAGAUGGCAAGCAGAGCGAUGAACUUGAAGAAACGUUCCGCGAAGUCAUUGUUCUCGACGAUGAUGAUGACGCAAGCAGCGAUGAAGGAUCAAUGUCCACGCCUGAUGAGCGUGAGCAAAGCAUGGAAAUUGUUUCCAGUCGUGCUACUGCCCGAGAUCUACAACCGGAAUCGCUUACUAACUACCCACGCGUAUAUGCAUAUGAUAUGCGGCGAGCCCCACGAAGAACCAUAGUCCUUCCACGCUACCCACCACCUCCACAGUCCGCUGGUUUGUCUGGCACUUCGCGUUCCCAGUCGCAGCAGCCUUUCCAGUCAGCUCGAACAAGGACGACCGAUCCACGAGCGAGACCAGCUGAGGCUGGCCAGAGCCUGAAAAGCGCACAGCCGAUUGUGCGUGAGAUCAAUGGCCAACUGUACCAACUGCAACCCAUCAAGGAAACUCGUGGUGCUUCAAGGUCACAGUAUGAUCCUCCCAUGCAUGCUGUGCCGCGCCGCGUGCAAGAAGGUUAUGUUCAGCCUCCAUCACCUCGUCACAGUGCCUUUGACAGACCACCAGCGCACAUAAGGCGCCCAUCGGAUCAAGAUGUUGUGCUGCCUUCUGUUGAGCCUGAAACAGUUGAUCUGACAUCGCCACGACGUGCGGCAGCGUCUCAGCAGCCUGUCAGGCACCAUAACGCGAAUGCCACCAGGCCAUACAAUGAGGUGCCGUCACCAAAGCGAAAAGCGCUCUCUUCUUUUGCCAAUGGCAGCGAGUCUCAUGCCGAGCAUUAUACCAAGCGCUUAAGGCCCGUAUAUCGUGAGGAAGUGCAUUCCCUGAACUACUAUGAUGGCCCGACAGAGUUCCAUUCAAACCAGCGCAUGGCGCCCAACAGUGGGCCAAGGGUACCACCUAGGGAGCAAGUUAUUGAUCUAAUCACCAGUCCCUAUCAUCUGCCCACCAGUGGUGGCAGAGGUUACGAUGUACCUGCACGCUCGUUUGCGGUUGCUGAUCCUCGUGGACACGCAUAUGCUCCUGGACCAUCUCACCGAAUGCCUGCACAUGAAGUGAGAGGUGCACAGGUGUAUGAGAGACGCGCUCCUCCAAACCAUGACUACAUUCCCUUCCGACAAGAUCAGCAGCCACGACGUCUUGAGGAAGAGAGUGUGCGAUACUUGAGAAGUGGUGUACGAUAUGGUGGUUGA